GAGUGCGCUGGCACAUGAAAGUAGCCUCCAUUGACUUUGGACAGCCACGUCGUCUUUUAUUAUCAUCCCCACGCAACCUACUCCUAUUGAAGGACCAAUACGCUGUGUCCAGUACAAAUUACAUACAGAUAUAAAUUGAGGUGGCCUGGCAGCAACUCUCCACGCCUGUUUCUUGUAUCACAAAAUACACGGGCCUUUCAUACUUCCUCUACCAUGGCUUCCACUAUUCAAUUUCUUCUUCUCUCUUCUCUCCUCUUCUUUGUUUCUCUCUCCUCUGCUCAAUCCUCUUUUCGGCCCAGUGCCCUCGUUCUCUCUGUCUCCAAAGACGCUUCCACUCUCCAGUACUUGACCAGAAUCAAUCAAAGAACACCUCUAGUGCCCGUGACCCUUGUGGUCGAUCUUGGCGGCCAAAUCUUAUGGGUUGAUUGCGAGAGUAACUAUGUAUCUUCUACGUAUCGGCCGGUACGGUGCCGAUCAGCUCAGUGCUCGUUGGCCAGAGCUAAUGGCUGUGGAGACUGCUUCUCUGGGCCUAGGCCAGGCUGCAACAAUAACACGUGUGGUGUUUCACCUGAUAACUCCAUCACUCACACUGCCACCGGUGGUGAGCUUGCGGAGGAUGUUGUGUCUAUCUCAUCAACCAAUGGCUCAAACCCAGGUCCGGUGGUCACGGUCACUCGGUUCCUUUUCUCCUGUGCACCCACCUUCCUCUUGGAAGGCCUUGCUACAGGUGCAAUGGGCAUGGCUGGACUUGGCCGGACUCGGGUGGCACUUCCUUCACAGUUCGCCGCCGCUUUUAGCUUCCACAGAAAAUUUGCCAUUUGCCUCUCAUCAUCAACAACGUCCAACGGUGUUAUCUUCUUCGGCGAUGGCCCAUAUAAUCUCCUUCCCAAUAUCGAUGCCUCUCAGUCACUCACGUACACCCCACUCUACAUUAACCCAGUAAGCACUGCAUCGUCUUUCACCCAAGGCGAGCCCUCGGCAGAAUACUUUGUUGGAGUCAAGUCUAUCAAGAUCAGAGACAGAGUCAUUUCUUCCAACACUUCGUUACUGUCCAUUGAUAGCGAAGGCAAUGGCGGAACAAAGAUCAGUACCGUCAAUCCUUACACUGUAAUGGAGACUUCCAUCUUCAAAGUAUUCACAGAGGCCUAUAUCAAAGAGGCAGCCGCGAUGAACAUCACUAGAGUCGCAUCGGUGGCUCCAUUUGAGGUGUGUUUCAGCUCCAGCAACGUCCUUAGCACCAGAGUUGGACCAGCAGUGCCAUACAUCGAACUAGUUUUGCAGAGCGAGAGUGUGGUUUGGACGAUCACGGGUUCGAACUCGAUGGUGCAGGUUAGAGACAACGUGUUAUGCCUUGGAUUCAUCAAUGGCGGAUCAAACCCUAGGACAUCCAUUGUUAUUGGUGGGUAUCAGUUGGAAGACAAUCUUCUUCAGUUUGAUUUGGCAACUUCAAGAUUAGGGUUCAGCUCCACACUGCUGGGCAGGCGAACUACUUGUGCCAACUUCAACUUCACAUCCAGCUCCUAGAUGAUAUAUAUCAUGUUCUCCUACAAAAUAGGCAUGGAAAUAUAAGUGACCAGUUUGAAUAACUCGCCAUGAGCGAUGGCCUCCGUUAGGCCUAGAAGCAUAUGUGAUUUGAAACUUUGCUUGUAACAUUUCUAUGGAAUAAAUGUUGUAAAGAUCUUCAAUUUUAUUUGAUUGAAUUGUCAUUCUUAGAUGAGUAAUACUAGAUCGACUUAAAAACUAUACUUACAAGUUAGACUUAAUAAUCUCAACCAUUAAAUAGGUAGUGAG